AUGGAAAUGUGAUAAGCUGCGAUCGCAUCGACGCUAGAUCGUUCUCAAACAACAAAAAUAUUAUUAUUGUUGUAUGUACGUGCACGCGAUUGUGAAUAUGCCGAGAGCUAAUUAUAUUGUAUACUGUGUAAAUAUACUGUGCUUGUUAUGAUAAUGAAAGAAUUAAAAAUUUCCAAUGAAAAGUAAAACAAAUCAAUGUUCUGUGUGUUGACUGUAUUGGUGGUACUAAUAAAAUAAAAAAAUAAUAAUCAUUACUUUAGAAAACACAGAAACAAUAUUCAUAACAGGCGUUAAAACUUUGAGAAAACCAACUUUUUUAAACGAAUAUUUGAAGAGCAGCUAAAAUAAAUAAAUUUUACUGAAAACUAACCAAAUUGGUCUGCUUUUAAACGUUUGAAAAGACUAACAACGCACCCAAACAACAGCAGCGAAACACUGUCCGUUCGUUUUUCUAACACCACGUUCUCAGUUUGCGUUCGAUCGGCGUUCCAACUGGACACAGCUCAGUGAUAAACGGCUCACUUGUACAACAUACUUACGCACCAUUAUUUCCGAUCGACAUUAGCUGCCAAAAUGUUUAACUUUACGCAUUUUGCCUUCGUCGCGUGGUGCGUGCUGAGUGUUGUUUUUGCGCGCACCCAUAAACGCAGCCAGUUGGCUGCUUCACAUUUGGCCGCCUAUUUGCCUGAGAGUAGUUUACGCAGCAGUCGUCCGACACCGGACGCUUACGAUGCCGAACGUAGUCUAUUCUUUCGCUAUGAGGAAUCCAAGGGGCUGGGCGCCGAAAUUGAGUUGAACGAACAAGAAUUGCUUGCCAAUAAGAUUAUUAUGGCAGCAAAGACGUACGAGUAUGAGGAGGGUCUUGUCACGCCGCACCUCUUCAAGCCGUCAAAACAUUUCUUUAGCGUUUUGGAAGACAUCACUAAGACGCCGCUAUUUGCGUACUUGCAUGCAAUGCCGAAGGGUGGCGUGUUGCAUGCGCACGAUACGGCCAUGUGUAGCACUGAUUUUGUAAUACAACUAACUUACCGAGAGAAUUUGUGGGCGUGUCAGCGUAGUGGUGCAUUGGAAGCGGUCGCUUUGCAUUUUGCCAAGCAAAAGCCAACACAUGUGGUGGAAGGUGAAAAUUGUGCGUGGACACUUUUGGCGGAAAUGCGUGAUAGGCAUGGCGCUGCAGCGGUGGAUGAAUAUUUACGUGAACGCUUUACGUUAUAUCCGAAAGAGAAAUUUCUUGAUAACAAUGAGGCUUGGGAGGAGUUUAUGGACAUUUUUAAAUUGUUGGAUGGUUUGAUUACCUAUGCACCUGUGUGGGCGGACUACUAUUACAAUGCGUUGAAGGAGUAUCGUGCGGAUGGCGUACAGUAUUUGGAGUUCCGCAGCACAUUGCCAAGGCUAUACGACUUGGAAGAUAACGAGUACACUGAGCUGGACACUGUGCGCAUUUAUAAGGAAACCUUGGAAAAAUUCAUGCAAGAUUACCCAGACUUCAUCGGAUCGAAACUGAUCUAUGCGCCGAUACGUAAUACAAGCCCAACACAAGUUGAGGAGUAUAUACGUAUCUGCAUUGAAAUAAAGGUUAAAUACCCCGAUUUCAUUGCUGGUUUCGACUUGGUUGGCCAGGAAGAGCUUGGACGCCCACUUAAAGAUUUCAUACCGCAAUUAUUAAGCAUGCCUGCUGAUAUCGAUUUUUACUUUCAUGCCGGUGAAACGAAUUGGUAUGGUUCCGAUGUUGAUGAAAAUCUAAUCGAUGCAGUGCUGCUCGGUACAAAGCGUAUCGGCCAUGGCUUCGCGCUCACCAAACAUCCGCUCGUAUUGCAGGCGUUGAAGGAGCGCAACAUACCCGUCGAAAUCAAUCCCAUUUCCAAUCAGGUAUUACAACUCGUCAGCGAUUAUCGCAAUCAUCCCUGUUCACACUUUUUCGCCAACAAUUACACAGUUGUGAUCUCAUCGGAUGAUCCAUCAUUUUGGCGUGCCACACCGCUCUCACACGAUUUCUAUAUUGCAUUUUUGGGUAUCGCUUCGGCGCAUGCCGAUAUGCGUCUGCUAAAAAAGUUGGCGAUCAAUUCGUUGGUCUACAGCGCAUUGAGUGAGGAGCAGAAGAAGGCGGCGCUGCAGAAGUGGCAAGAAAAAUGGAAUGUGUUCAUUGAAAAUACAACAAAUGGUGGUGAAAAUGGUGCUGCCUAUCUGCGACUGCAAACGAAUCGGAUCGCCUGACUAGCACGGGUGGUGGCGGCGUUCAUAUUGUUGCCUGGUGUAUUUAUGCGUUUGAUGGGUAGGCGGUGAGAGUUGCUAUGCAGUGGGGAGUGUAGCAGGAGUAGUAGGUGAAGCGCGUGAGUAGCGGCAGCAAUAAUAGCGUCAGUCGGGAUUGACAAUUAUAAGGAUUUGUUUUCACUAUGGAAAAUUCUGAGUUAUCGCUCUUCAAAUAAGAAAGAAUGAAAUGAGCUAGUUAAAACAAGCCUUAGAGACAGGUUCACAAUGUCAGCUUCGAGUUAAGAGUGCUUUUUAUUGAAUGUUCUUCGGUUUACAUAUCUGUUUGGAGUGAAGUUCUGGUCAUAGUUGGGAAUAAGUAAAUUGAGUGGUACAAGCUGAUAUUGUAAACAGAAGAACAUUCAGUAAAAAUCACUCUUAACUUCAAGCUUACAUUGGAAGCUCUACAUAAGGCUUUUAUAUUCACAAGGGAAGAGUGUUUGGACACAAACAUAUCAUGACAAAUCUGAAUUGAAGCGGAAGAAUUCAAUUGAAUUUGCUUAUUUAUUUGAGGGCUUUUAAAUCCCUUUUAGGCUUUAACAAUAGGUAUUAAGCUGACAUUCCUAUUUAACCCAUUCACUACCAUGGAAAUAAUGGUACAUUUAAAUAAUUUUCAGACAUUGACAAGACACCGGCACACACAAAGAAAUCCCAAGUACAGCAAACCAGAAUAUUGAUUUCAAAAUGCGUAAGAAAUUAUUAUUCUGGUCAGCAUCCCUUUAUAUAUUUUUUAUGUGCCGGUGCAAACCUUGGUAUUUCUGACACCAAGGUUUUUUCAAGGUCUUUAAAAAUUAAUAAAUAUAAUUAUUAAGAAUUAUUAUAAAAAAAAAUUCAGUGAAAUGUAGAAAUACAGUGUGACUAUCAAAUUAAAGGGAAAAGUCUGUAGAAAAUGUCCUUUUCACAUUUUAUCAUUGAAAAUCCUUGAAAUGUUACAAUAAUUAUUUUCGAAAAAAAUUAUUUGUUAGGGACUAGUAUGCACUCGACCACAUCCUCAAAUUUCGUACUUCUAACCUUAUUCGCCCACUAUGUAAAUACAUAAACAAUAUCGGUGGGCUAUUUGAACCAUACAUUAUGCGAAACUUUUUACCGAAGGGAAGGUAGUGAAAGGGUUAACUCAAAACAUUAAAACACC